UUCGGAAUCAACUAUAGUCAGCAGAAACAACGCAUUAACACCUUUCUACUCCAUAGUUAAUGGCAGAUUUCGCAAUCAAGGAUAGCCUUUCUAACCAAUUGCAGAAUUGCUUACGUACCUGGAAGUUUUAUUGGCGGAAUCUGUCUCAGCUUCUUCUCUGUAUCUCCGGAGCUUGGCUGCAUAGUUUGGUUGUCAGCUUAUUGAUACUAGACUAUAAUGGGGAAUUGGUGUCAAUAGUACUCGAAGUUUUGGGCAUCGACGCCCUUUCAAAGCGGUAUAUUGGCUGACAUCUGAUCGUGUCUACUAUUUACGCCCUUUCAAUGCCGUGUAACCGCCUGAUAUCUGCUCAUAUCGACUCUUUAUGUCCCUUCAAAGUGGUAUAAAGACCGACGUGU